AUGUACAAAGCAUUAUUUGCACUACUAUCAUUAUGUAUUAUAUGUUGGAUUAUACAAUUAUUACCAGUUAUACUGGUUCCAAUAACUUCACCGCUGCUAAAUAUUUAUUUAUCAUCUUAUGAAAAUUAUGAAUUUGGUGUAUUUGGUAUAUGUGAUCAAACGAAAAAGAUCUGUAGUUCACCGAGAAUUGGAUAUCCAUCAACAAAUUCAUCAUUUUACAAUGCUGCUCCAGAUAGAAAUUUCGGAUUUGGUGGUGUUGUAUUACCUUCUAGGGUUAGAUAUACAAUAUCUAAAUUAUUAGUGGUUCACGUAGUUGAUUUUUGUUUUUCGUCAUUAUUAUUAAUAGUCACCGCUAGUUUACUAACUACAGUAUUAAUAGAUAAAUUCAAGUUUGAGAAAUUAAAAGGUCAAUAUGAUGAAGAAGGAAUUCCUAAAACAAUACCAAAAAGAGAUCUAACUCCAUAUUUGAAUAUCAUGCUUAUAUUAACUUUAUUUUCUGUAUUGACUACUUUAUUAGCUUUUCUUGCUGAUAUUUUAUUAUUCAUUCCAAAUUUAUCUUAUCUUGGUUGGAUUCAAUUAGUUCCUAUUGUUUCAAUGGCUUUAAUUACUUCAAUGUUAUGUUUUAUUAAAAGAUCAAUUAGUUCAAGAAAAUUUUUUGAAGAUAAUAAUGAAUAUGCAAAUGAUGAUAUGAGAAUGAUGAAUAAACCAAAUGUAGUGGGUUCUGAUGAUGAUAAUUUAAGUGAUGAUGGAUUUUAUGUAUAUACUGAUGGAUUUUAUACUAGAGGUGCUGAAAAUAAUCAAGAUGAAAGACGACGAAAUAAUAAUCGACCUGAAAAUACAGAUGCUAGUAUAAUGACAGAAAUAGAACUUAAUGAUUUACGAUGA